GAAAAAGAAAAAAUUGAUUGAUUUUUACUAUUACGUUACUUAGUUGUAGUUGUACUGCAUUAGUAUAAUAGUCCACUAAAUAGUAUUAUGUGCGAAACAUGACUCAGGGUUUACAUGAAAAGAACUUCCGUUAAAUUGUUGAAGGUGUAUAUUAUAGAGCCAAAAGAUAGAAUCAUAGAAGGUAAUUUCCCUACCCUAUAUGGCUAAUCAGCAGGAUGUUACCUGAAUACAAAUAACCCGAAACGCACCCGACCCAAACCAAUACCAAUCUGGCCCAUGAGAAGCCCCAUCUCCAACAAAACAUGAGUUUUCAAACUCUGAAUCCAAUGAAAUUCACACAAAUCCUCCACACUCACAGGAGGGAUGAGGGCUCUGCAAAGUAGACAUUCAACUCCUCUAAAUUUAGGACGGUUUUGCUCCUCCCAUCCACGCCCUGUAAAAACCCCAUUUCUUGUUCGCCUUUUCCCACCAACCCAAUACCCAUCUCUUCAAAACUCAAUUCCCCACAAACCCAAUUCCUCAUUUUCAUUUGGCUCUUCGAUAAUAGCAUCAAUGGCUUCUUCCACAACGCCACCCACAGGCGCAGAGGCAGAGACCAAACCUUUCUCUGUGCUCUUUGUGUGCUUGGGCAACAUCUGCAGAAGCCCAGCCGCUGAAGGAGUCUUCAGAGACUUGGUCAAGAAAAGGGAUUUGGAUUCCAAACUCAACAUUGAUUCUGCUGGCACCAUUAACUACCAUGAGGGAAAUCAAGCGGACCCAAGAAUGAGAGCGGCCUCUAAAAGGCGUGGGGUUGAGAUAACAUCUAUAUCGAGGCCCAUCCGGCCCUCUGAUUUUAGAGAUUUCGAUGUCAUUCUUGCAAUGGACAGGCAAAACAGAGAGGAUAUAUUGGAGGCUUUUAAUAGGUGGAAAUUUAGAGAUACCCUCCCUGCUGAUGCACACAAAAAGGUGAAGUUAAUGUGCUCCUAUUGUAAGAAACAUGAUGAAACUGAAGUCCCGGAUCCUUACUAUGGUGGUCCGCAAGGUUUUGAGAAGGUUUUAGAUUUACUUGAAGAUGCUUGUGAAUCAUUGUUGGAUAGCAUCUUGGCAGAAAACAAACACAUUCUGGAUUCUUAGCAACUGGUUGAAAGCCAGAUGAUCUUCUCCUGCAGAAGAUAGAGGAGAGAACUGUAUUCUUCACUGUAUAAUCCUCUUCUAUUAGUAUGUAAAGUAUUUACAUCUGGCCUCAAUGUGGGUUUUUUUUUUCCCAUCCAUAAAUUGGCUUAUGGUACUUCUUGAACUUUUUCUGUGGAAUUGGAUUUGUGGUGUCACUGUGUUGAGCUGGAUAAUUUGACCCAACAAAAUGAAUAAAUGAAAAGAUAUAGUGUCCCCAAGG